UCCUCUCCUCCACACUUUACUACUACCACCUACCCCCUACCUCGUUCCCGUCGCUUCAGAAACCCACAAAACGGCGGCCAUGGCUUCGGCGCAGUCUACCUCGACCAUCUCCUCAACCUAAACUCAGCCACACACCUUCCUUCAGAAAAUCACCUAACCUAUUAGCAGCAACAGUCGACCCCUCGUCCUUUCCAACAUCAACUCCAUCGCCAAUACAGCUAAGUCCAUGGCGAACACCCUACUAAACUGAAGACGCCAGAUUCACACCAGCUUCAAUACGUCCAGAUGGCGCAGCACCGGUUCCAGAACCUCAGAAUCAUCGAUAAAACAGAGCUCAGAGACAUCGAUGCCACUAUGUCCGGCAACACAGUCUUCGCAACAGUCCCGGAUACUAUCUCGGACACAUUCAACCACUAUGACCUCGCGGAGGCAAUCCAACAACAGUUCCAGAUAAACAUCGAGGUAGAAGACAUAUCCAGGUAUAACGAAGGUUACUUCUUACGCGUGCACACACAGCAGGCCAGAACAAACAUGCUACACCGAGGCUUUAUCAUUGUUCGAAACUACCUCAUUGGUCUGAGACCAUGGAAUCCAGAACAUGGAUCAACAGCAGUCUCCUUACAAACCGUGCUAACCUCUUGUCCACUCAACAUACACCUAGCUACAUACAUACCCUUAUCAGAUCCAUAUGAACACCUAACCAUUCACAUUACCGGCGUACCACCGCAUCUAUGCUGCAACUCCCUCAUACACAAACUGUUCCACAAAAUCUGCAUCAUCCAUUCAGUCAACUUUAUAUCUGCUACAACUGAAUAUGAGAUUAGCGCCCGCGGAAGGGUAACAAUGAUCCCACAGACUGCUCAUUUAGGAAUUAGAAACCUGAGCGGACAGAGUGAGGUAAUCAACAUUUGGCAGUUAUCUUACCAGACAUUCACAGACGAAAUGCUAGGCAGACAAACACCACCAGGAGACCGGCGAUCUGACCUCUGCGGAUACUCAGACAUCGACACAGAGCAACGACUGGAACUGGUUGACAGCAACGGAAAUAACGAAGCAACCUCCCGACUCCAAGUCGCCUCCGAUACUUCGACAAUGGACACAUCAGACAACAGUAUUGAAGAAUGAAAGUGAAGCCACAACAACAGGUCAAAACCCAGCUACGAACAAAAGAACCAAAAUGGUCCACCAGACCAUAUAGACACUUACUAAUCUAUUUCGUAUCUACCACGAUGCUAUGUUUGUAAUCAGCAACCUAUCAAACUUUCCUAUGUGUACUCUAUAUGUCCCUUUACUAGAUUAAGCCUUUCCAUGUACACAUAAAGGCCUACUAAAGACCAUGUAUCCCUAGCUUUAUGCAGAAGUAUGUUUACUUAACCCAUGUGUAAUAUCUAUGCUAUUCGCUUCAAACAGACUGCUACAGAACGUUGAAUGCUCAAUUAGUAACUUCAAAAUCAGUACCCCACAUGCGCGCGAAGGCGCGCACCCGCAA